UGCAGAGGUGUGUAAGAUAUGAAGUUAGAGCUGUAAAUGAUCCAUGUUCACCUUGCAGCAGUGCUCUGUUUGUUUCCAGGCAGAGCACUGACUGCAGGUCAGUUCAGUCUGAUUUUACUCUCAUUUAUCUUCUCAUAGUUUUUAGUGUUGAACAUCUGAGGUCUGGUUUCAGUAAAGGGGUUCCUUGUGUCUGUUAGUGGUACUGCAGCUGGUGGUGGUCUCCAGUCACAGCUGUGGUCUGUGCUGGGAGUCACUCACACUUUUGAUGCUGAUGUGGUUUGUGGAGUUUUUAUGUGAAGUGGUUUUGGUUGGUGUUUUCCUUUUCACAGGUAGAAUCCUCUGAGUGGUUCAGCUUCACAGCUCUGCUCCGACCGUCGCCCCUUUUUCACUUUUACUCAACUAUAAUCACUUUGAAGCCCACAAAGAACAUGACAUGUUUUUAAACAGGACAGAUCAUUACAGUGUCUGCUAGUUUCCGCGUUCACGUGUGCGCGCUCCCGUGAGAAGUGGGCGGAGCGUCGGCACCACGCCUCCUGUUGUUUAGGUAGACACGGAGCAGGAACAGGAGGGAAGUGUUGGUGGAGUUGGUGAAGAUGUCGAAAGUUUCUGCGGUCAGAAGAAGCUGUUUUACAGGUUUACCUCUCACAUUAAAAAAAAAAAAUGAGUGAUUUGGGGAAAAAGAAAGACAGAUCUGUCUCCAGCUCUGUGUCUGUGAAGAGUGACCAGUCCAAAGAUGAUCCUGGACCAGGACCCUCAGACUCUGAAGAGAAGAGUGAUGUUUCUGUGGAGGAGCAGCUGUCCUGCUGUGAUCUGUGUCAGGACGUCCUGAAGGAUCCAUUCUCUACCAGCUGUGGACACUGGUUCUGCAGACAGUGCAUCACCUCAUAUUGGGACCAGUCUGGUCCAUCAGGAGACUCCUCCUGUCCCCAGUGUGGACAAAGAUCCAGAACAAGACCUGGACUGCAGACAGCCAGUCAGACCAGCACUAUACAAGCAGAUAGUGGUCUGCAGGAGGUUUUAGAUGAACAUAAGAUCAGUCUGAGGAGGAGAUGUGAACGUGUGACUGAAGGAACUGAUGGAACAGGAAGUACAACCCUCCUCAACAGGAUCUACACUGAGCUCUACAUCACAGAGGGACCGAGUGAGCUAAGCAAGAUGGAGACCCUCCAUGACGCUCCAAUCAGGUGCCAGGACGUCUUUAACGACUUACCUGACCAACAGAGACACAUCAGAGUGGUUCUGACCAACGGCGUCGCUGGUGUUGGAAAAACCUUCUCAGUGCAGAAGUUCACUCUGGACUGGGCAGAGGGCUUGGAAAACCAAGAUGUCAGUCUGCUGGUUCUGCUUUCGUUCAGGGAGCUGAACCUGAUCAGAGAUGAGCAGUACAGUCUUCUCACACUGCUCCAUGUUUUCCAUCCAACAUUACAGAAGGUCACAGCAGAGAACCUGGCUGUCUGUAAAGUUCUGUUCAUCUUUGACGGCCUGGAUGAAAGCAGACUUUCACUGGAUUUCAACAACAGGAAGGUUGUGUCUGACGUCACACAGAAGUCAUCAGUCAACGAGCUGCUGACAAACCUCAUCCAGGGGAAUCUGCUUCCCUCGGCUCUGGUCUGGAUAACUUCCAGACCUGCAGCAGCUAAUCAGAUCCCUCCUUCAUGUGUUGACAGGGUAACAGAAGUACAAGGCUUCACUGAUCCACAGAAGGAGGAGUACUUCAGGAGGAGAUCCAGUGAUGAAGAGCUGUCCAACAGAACCAUCUCACACAUCAAGAAAUCUGGGAGCAUCAACAUCAUGUGUCAAAUUCCAGUCUUCUGCUGGAUCACUGCUACAGUUCUGGAGCACAUGUUGACUACAGAGCAGAGAGGAGAGCUGCCCAAGACCAUGACUGACCUGUUCUCACACUUCCUGAUGGUUCAGACAAAGAGGAAGAAGAACAAGUACCAUGAGGGACAUGAGACGAGUCCACAGGAGCUGACGGAGGCUGACAGGGAAGUUCUUCUGAAGCUGGGGAGGCUGGCGUUUGAACAACUGGAGAAAGGAAACACCAUGUUCUACCAAGAAGACCUGGAGCAGUGUGGUCUUGAUGUGACAGAGGCCUUGGUGUACUCAGGAGUUUGUACAGAGAUCUUCAAAAGAGAGAGUGUGAUCUUCCAGAAAACAGUCUACUGCUUUGUUCAUCUGAGCAUUCAGGAGUUUCUGGCUGCAGUCUACAUGUUCCACUGUUUCACCAACAGGAACACACAGGUAGUGAAGAAGUUCCUGGGUGAAGAAUACAGAGAGUCUUUUCUUGGGAGGAUUUUUAAGUUUUUUGGAAAAGAUGAUCACCCUUAUCCAUCUCUAGAUGAGUUCCUGAGGAGAGCCAUGGAGAAAUCCCUUCAAAGUAAAACUGGCCACCUGGACCUGUUUGUUCGCUUCCUUCAUGGCCUCUCUCUGGAGUCCAACCAGAGACUCUUAGGAGGUCUGCUGGGUCAGACAGAGAACAGUCCAGAAAUCAUCCAGAGAGUCAUCACCAACCUGAAGGAGAUGAACAGUGAUGACAUCUCUCCUGACAGAAGCAUCAACAUCUUCCACUGUCUGAUGGAGAUGAACGACCACUCAGUUCAUCGGGAGAUCCAAGAGUUCCUGAACUCUUUGACUUCAGGAACUCUCUUUAAGCCUCAGACUUUAUGGAAGGAACUCUCUGAGAUCCAGUGUUCAGCUCUGGCCUACAUGCUGCAGAUGUCAGAGGAGGUUCUGGAUGAGUUGGACCUUUUCUGGUACAACACAUCAUGGGAGGGACGACAGAGACUGAUCCCAGCUGUAAGGAACAGUAGAAAGGCUCGAUUUAUUAACUGUCGGACUCUCAGAGACUCACUGUGAAGUCGUAGCCUCAGCUCUGAAGUCCAACCCCUCCCAUCUGAGAAAUCUGGACCUGAGUACAAACAACCUGCAGGAUUCAUCAGUGAAGAUACUGUCCACUGGACUGGAGAGUCCAAACUGUAGACUGGAAAC